AUGUUUGAUCGUGAAGGCAGUUUUCUGAGAGCGUUUGGUUCCUAUGGCAACAGUGAAGGAGAAUUUGACUGCUUGGCUGGUGUCACAGUCAACAGCCAAGGAUGGAUCAUCAUCGCAGACCGGUACAAUCACAGGAUUCAGAUCUUUGAUAACGAAGGGCGUUUCAUCCGUAAGUUUGGCCAGGAAGGUGCAGGCGACGGCCAGCUCAGUUAUCCCUGGGGAGUGGCCACCGAUCGGCUUGGGCUUAUUUACAUCUGUGACAAGGACAACCAUCGUGUCCAAGUCUUCACUUUGGAUGGGUGUUACGUACGGAAGUUCGGCCAGCUAGGCAACAGGGAGGACCAGCUAGAGCAUCCGCACUACCUGGCCUUCUCUCCUGAGCAGAAGAUCGUUAUAAGCGACAGUGGAAACCACAGGAUAGUGGUGUAUGAUAAGGAUGGACGGUUCUUGCUAAAGAUUGGAUCGGAAGGCACAGCUACAGGUCAGUUCAAGUACCCGCGAGGCGUUGCAGUGGAUUGCAAAGGAAACAUAAUAGUUGGGGACAGUGGGAAUAACAGGAUACAGAUUUUUCACCGUGAUGGCACCUUCUUGAAAGCGUUUGGCAGCUGGGGCACAGGGGAUGGGCAGUUAAAGGGCCUGGAGGGGCUGGCUUUGCAAAAUGGGAAUAUAAUCGUCAGUGAUCGAGAGAACCACCGAAUCCAGAUAUUCUAACUCUUGUAUCCACCUAAUUAUUUUGAGCACUUAUUUUGCCAGAUGUAAAACUGGGUGCUAAAAGUAGGACCAGGAAAACGUCAAUUGUGCUGGAUUGUAUGGUGUUAUUGAUUUAUACACAGCUAGAUUUGAACUGGGGAUUACCCUGCAUUGCUUUAAACAUCCGUGGUGAUCGGCCCCAGGUUGAGACAUAUUUGAAGUCAGGCCUCAAGAGGUGAAAGGAAUCGGAGGCUAGUGAGUUAGGCCAUUUGGGACCUCCUAACUUAGGCAUCCUUGUGAUUCCUCAAAUUCUUUCCAUAUUAUUUGUAAUUGAUGUUUGGUUUUCCUGGCGCAAUUUUGGAGCAAAGACAGUAAAAUUUGCAGUCUAAAAUUAUUAGCAUGUGACUUUACAUGAUAUUUAUUAAUGCAGACAUAAUAUUUGUUAAUUGACAGAUUGUUUUUCAGAAGUGUUUUGAAUACUUGCUGACUUCUGCAUUAUUUAUGAACAAAGAACAGAUUAAUUACAUUUAAGGUUUUUUUUUCUAGGUUAGA